UUCACCAACAUUGAAGUAGCCAGAUUCCCUAGAAUUCAAUCUCUUUUUUGACUAUUACGCCAAUGGCCAUACAGUCCAACCUGAUCUGACCUAAUAAUCAACGUCAUUUAUUUUAGCCGCCUAAACUGAUCACUAUCAGAAUUUUGACGUUUUGUCGGCUGCGGAUUCACAUUGCGUUGUUGAUAUGGCCAAAGGGAUUAAAGAGGUGGAUAUCUUUCGCGAUACACACGUGAGAUAUCUCGGAUAUGCCAAUGAGGUUGGCGAAGCCUUCAGAAGUAUUGUUGGGAAGAAUUUAGUGCGAUUAAGCUAUGCCGUAGCAAUCGGUUACGUUCUUGCAGAUUCUUCACACAAAGCAGCUGUCGUCUAUCAGCAAGAUGCUUCUUCGAAUCGAAUCAAGCAAGUGGCCCUUUCUGCAUCGGAUACAUUAAUAUGGCAAGGAUUCGCAUCUGUAAUUAUUCCUGGACUGACCAUUAACCGAUUAUGCUACGCCGUACAAUUGGCACAAAAGAAAUUAAAUAACAAAAAAUUUAAAAGUCCCUGGGUCAGCGUAGCAGUCGGUCUUGCAUCUAUACCUUUCAUCAUUCGUCCGAUAGAUCUUUUGGUUGAAGAUGGAAUGAACCACACUUAUAGACAAUGGGUUGGAUACAGUCCAAACAAAGUACCUGAUUAACGUUAAGUUAUUCUACAAGUUGUCAAGUUUCGUCAACGUCCUCAUUAGUACAAUUAAAUGCUCGGCAAAUAGAGCCAGUGCUUGAAGUGUCAUAGGGGAAGUGUUUUUAUUAAAUAAGUGCUCCAUUAUUUUAGAUGUUACAUAUUAUAAUAAAUCUAAUGUUAUUCAUUGAUAAAUAUUUACAGAAGUUA